AUGGCUUCGUGUCUGCCGACCAUCCCUCGGGUAACAUUCACCGUUAUCGAACCCAUCUCGCUCGUAGCGGGCUUCCUCGGUGCUGUCAGCGACCCCGCUUGGUUCGUGGCCGAACAGGUCCCUCAGAAGCUGGUUCCUGCUGCCGCUGUCGCCGAGAACAGCAUCGUCCUGGCAUGGCAGCUCGGCAAUCUGUACCUGCUCAUGGCCCUGGUCGGCCUCUUUGUCCUCAAUUCAACGUCUGAGGUCAAGGUUGUACGAGGCUACCUUUGGGCGCUUUGGCUGGGAGAUAUCGGACACGUGGCUUUCAGUUGCUACGGUCUAGGAAAAGAACGGAUGAUGAAUCCCUCGGCAUGGAACGCCAUGGCUUGGGGCAACAUCGUUUUCACCGCUGAGGUGGAUACCGAGGGCGAUGUGGCUAUGGCGUCCUCCGUACGCCGUACUCCGGGCGUCCAUUCAGUCCGUUUUCGUGUGCAUCGUGCGUGUGCGCCACUUAAUAAUACACCAUCUCACGCCACGGGCCAAUCGCAGGCUGCUGGGCAAGAGCAGUACGAUAACGCGACUGGAACUAUGGCAACGCGCACAAGAGGGCGGAGACGAAACAAUCCUCUUCCUGAGAUUGUGGGAUCCCCUGAACAACAAAUGACACCGCGAACUACGCGACGAACUAUUGCCACUGUCAAGGACACCAUUGCAGUCGUGGGGUAUGGUUCUCUUUCUAAAGAUCCUAUUCCUCGCCGCGGCGCCCAUCAACCAAAUGAUGCAGCUAGUAUUGCCAGCUUAAGUUCGAGGCGUAAGACGCGUAGCGAGAUUGCCGAGGAUGAGGAUGAGGAUGAAGAAUUCGAAAGCUCCCAGCCUCAACCGGAGGGCGACUCGUUGCAGGAAGAUUCCCUCAGCGUGGACGAUGUGGAACAAUAUCAAAUCAUGGCAUCUCUCUUACCCGAUUUCACGAGCGCUACAGAGGAGCUUCAGCAUCGUCUGGUCAACGGUGACUACAAGAACAAAGUGUUUGCUGCAAUUCUUAAUUCGAAGCGCAUCACAUUUCAUUCUCUCCUGGAGAACUACCUGAAAUCCAAAAACGAGUCUUCAUUUAUCGAUCUUCCUUGGGUAGAAGAGCUCAGCGAAGGUGCAGAGGGCGAUGGCAGAGUCCUCGAUGCGUCCUCACGCGCCAACAUCGUCACCGCCCUCGAUGGUAUUCAGCGCAUGAAGGACAACACCAUCUCCGACAUUCUUCCUUUCCUGAAAGACCUCGACUCUGCUUUUAUGCAUCUUUUCAACUCCGAGGAUAGCACUGAAGAUGACUGGAAGCUAGCAUUGGACCUCCGUACAUGCUAUUUCAUUGAGGCGCUGGCAGCCCAAGGGGCACAACCUGAUGUGAUGCAGACAGUUGCAUCUGUGUUUUGCAAAGACACAAACAGCAAAGAUUAUGCCCACCUCUUUGUCCACGGACCGUUCAAAAAUCUGACAAGAAAACAUGACACGGAAACUAGCGAUGACGAGGAUGAACUAAUAUCAAAGCGAGCAACUGAACUAUACACAAUCGCCGUCCAGAAUAAGAAAGAUCAUGGUCUGGGGCGGUUGCGCGAAUCUUGGCCCCUAGAUCGAACACUGAAGGAGCUGUCACAAUGCCUUGUCCAAUGGUAUGUCAACUCGAAGGACGCCGCAAGGGGUGAAAAAGCAGAGCUCAACGAGCAAACCGAACCGGGAAGAGAAUCAUGGCAUGAUGCUGAAGAGACUAUUCCCGACUCUUUUACAGAAUCGCAGCCAAUUAUCCGCCCUACGGGAGAAGAACAGAAAAGAGCUUCUUUGUUCCAGGGAGCAAAGUCCCUCAGAGAUCUCCCAUCCGGAUCAAAUCGCAAGCAGGCAGUCCCUCCCUCUAACCAACAGCAACACAAUAAGACAUCAUCUCCCGUGCCAUCAGACUAUCCGCAAGAUGAGACGAGAGACCUUCUACGCAACGACGUGAUCCGAGGCCCACGUCGAGCUCAAAAACGAAGGCGCAACAACGAUGAAGGUGAGGACGACGACGACGACGAGGAGUUUGAAGACGACACACGUGGAGUCCCUGAAUCCCGAGUCUCGCGUAUCAAGGCCCGAGCCGCCGCGCAAGCAGCCAAACGCCAGAGUCUUCCCACCAACCCGCCUUCGCGAUCCAUGCCUCCACCCCCUCGGCCAACCUCAUCGCUGCCACCCUCUACAGACGAACCAGACUACGAGACCAUCAAGCAACUCAAGAGCGAAGCCAUUGCCCGCGCCCGCGCCCGCGCCCUGGACUCAGCGCAGCACCUACCGUCCUCGGCCCCUCCACCACCAUCGUCAUCAACGACCAACACCACCACCACACACGCCAUUGAGACACCCCCCAAACAGCGCUACGCAUGGAGCAACAGAGACUGCAACUUGCUCCUCAAGCUCAUCAAGGAGCGGCACGCCGCGUGGGCCGCCAUCGAACGGGAGCACAAUCAUGAAUUCGAGCACCCCCGUAACCAGCAGGCGUACCGAGACAAGGCACGCAACAUGAAGGUAGAUCUCUUAAUCACGGACGCCAUCCUGCCGUCCGGCUUUGAUCUAGUCACGCUCGGCAAGAAGGAGAUAGCAAGGUUACUAAGUCUAGGCAAGAAUCCCUAUAGAAGGGAGGAUGAUAAGGAAAACGGAAAGGCCCUCAACACAAAUAUUUAA